CAGUCACCAACCCACCCAAUGACCCAACCCCCCUCUCUGCUGCCCGCCUGCAGCACCGCACUGCUUCCUCUGCCCCCGCUGCCGCGCUGUUGGCUUCUUCGCUCGCGCUAAGCCUGCCAAGCUACCCAGUAAAAAAAACAGCACACCACAACGCACCAGCACCAUCUCUCCUUCGUCCGCCUCCGCCGGCCUACAGGAGGAGCUCCUCGCGACCGCCGCCCCCUUCCUCACCGCGGGAAACCCCUGACAAAGCGCCGGGCGCACGUACGGCUGCGCGCCCUGAUCUGUGGAGCUGCUCAUGGGGUGAGCAGAUCGGCCUCCUACAGCUGAAUUCCGGCCGGAGCUCGUCUGGCUCGGGCCGCGGAGAUGGUGAAUUCCGGCGUCGCCGGUGCCUUAGGGAGUUCUAGCGAUGCAUUAUACAGGGAGCUAUGGCAUGCUUGUGCUGGGCCUUUGGUCACAGUGCCUCGCCAAGGCGAGCGGGUUUACUACUUUCCCCAGGGUCAUAUGGAACAGCUUGAGGCAUCUACAGAUCAACAGCUUGACCAGCACUUGCCUUUGUUUAAUCUGCCAUCUAAGAUCCUAUGCAAGGUGGUCAAUGUAGAACUUAGGGCUGAAACUGAUUCAGAUGAAGUUUAUGCUCAGAUUAUGCUACAACCGGAAACAGAUCAAAGUGAACCCUCCAGCGCAGAUCCUGAGCCACACGAACCUGAAAAAUGCAAUGCCCACUCUUUCUGUAAGACUUUGACUGCUUCAGACACAAGCACCCAUGGCGGAUUCUCGGUUCUUAGGAGGCAUGCUGAAGAGUGUUUGCCCCCACUGGAUAUGACUCAAAAUCCACCAUGGCAAGAACUGGUUGCUAAAGAUCUCCAUGCAAAUGAAUGGCACUUCCGUCACAUCUUCCGAGGACAACCUAGAAGGCAUCUGCUUACAACUGGCUGGAGCGUUUUUGUUAGCUCAAAACGAUUGGUCGCUGGUGAUGCAUUUAUCUUUUUGAGAGGCGAUAAUGGAGAUCUGCGAGUCGGUGUAAGGAGGCUGAUGAGGCAACUAAACAACAUGCCAUCAUCAGUAAUAUCAAGCCACAGCAUGCAUCUUGGAGUACUGGCAACUGCAUCCCAUGCCAUCUCCACUGGAACUCUCUUUUCCGUUUUCUACAAACCCAGAACAAGUCGAUCUGAGUUUGUCGUUAGUGUUAACAAGUACCUUGAAGCUAAGAAUAACAAGAUGUCUGUUGGAAUGAGGUUUAAGAUGAGAUUUGAAGGCGAUGAAGCUCCUGAAAGAAGGUUUAGUGGGACCAUUAUUGGCGUGGGGAGCAUGACAACAUCCCCAUGGGCAGAUUCUGACUGGAGAUCAUUGAAGGUCCAAUGGGAUGAGCCUUCGGCUAUUCCCCGUCCUGAUAGAGUUUCACCAUGGGAACUGGAACCACUUGUUGCAACCAGUAUACAGCCUCCUCAACCUCCUGCAAGAAAUAAGCGUGCACGGCCUCCUGCUUCACCUUCAAUUGCUCCAGAACACCCUCCAGUUUUUGGUUUGUGGAAAUCCCCGGGUGAGUCUGCACAGACUUUCUCGUUUUCUGGACUACAGCGAACUCAAGAAUUAUAUCCAUCAAGCCCAAAUUCUAUCUUCUCAUCAUCACUGAAUAUUGGGUUCAAGACAAAGAAUGAGCCAUCCACUCUACCAAACAACCAGUUUUAUUGGCCAAUACGAGACACGAGAGCUGACUCGUACUCUGCUAGCAUCGAUAAAGUUCCAGCCAGCAGGAAGCAAGAACCAACUACUGCUGGCUGCAGACUAUUUGGAAUUGAGAUAGGCUCUGCUGUGGAAGCAACAUCACCAGUGGUAGAUGUUUCUGGUGCUUGUCAUGAACAACCAGCUGCAUCAGUAGACAUAGAGUCUGAUCAGCUCUCACAACCAUCCCAUGUCAACAAAUCUGAUGCUCCAGCAGCAAGCAGCGACCGUUCACCUUAUGAAACUCAGAGUAGGCAAGUGAGGAGCUGCACAAAGGUAAUUAUGGAAGGUAUGGCAGUUGGAAGGGCAGUGGACUUGACAAGGCUACAUGGAUAUGAAGAUCUUCACCAGAAAUUAGAAGAGAUGUUUGAUAUCCAGGGAGAGCUUUCUGCCAGCCUCAAGAAAUGGAAGCUUGUUUACACAGAUGAUGAGGAUGAUAUGAUGCUGGUUGGGGAUGACCCUUGGAGUGAGUUUUGCAGCAUGGUAAAAAAGGUAUACAUUUACUCCUAUGAGGAGGCCAAGCAUCUGACUCCCAAGGCCAAGCUGCCAGUCGUUGUUGACGCCAUUAAGCCAAGCCCGAGCAAACCACCAUUGGAGCCUGACAUGCCGCAAGGUGGCAUGGGAAACAAUGCCCAAGUUACCGAUAACAAUGACUGCUGAAUGCUAACUCAAUCCUAUCUUUUUCCUCUCUUCUUUUGGGAUGUUGAUCGUGGGAGCCAAUGCCCAUGAUCCUUGAGACCGCUAAGGGUAAUCCGUUGGUUUCGUCGUGGGCCUGGAUCAUCUACCUAGGUUCGUCCAUACCUGCGGUUGGAUUGGCGGGGUCCCUCGCCAGCAAGGGUGGCUGGGAGACAUAGCAUUUCUUCAUCGCAUGUGACAUUCAUUCAUCUUUCUUAUCCGCUGGAUUUGGUACUAGCCGUUGCAUUCGUGUCCAGUGCUCGGUUUUGGCUAUGGGUAGAGGAGUGGUAAAAAAACCCUGCAAGUCCUAGUGUCCUCACCAGUAAAUAGGAAUAUCAACUACCAUGAUUAUCCAAUGUAGUAGUACAUAUCAGCAUCAUUCAUGUUCCUAGCCGGUGCAAAGUGUUGUUUUUAUUCCAGCAACAUCCUCUCUUUUUCUCUCAUGUCCGGUGUGCUGCCGUAGGCUUGAGUAUGGUGGAUUGGUGGUGGUUGUGCUUUUGGAAGCUGGAACUUUGCUUGUGUUGUUGUCUUCCCUGUCAAUUGUGUACAUAUGACUGAUUAUUGAACUGAACUGGACUAAUGCCGUGCUUUUUCUGAUGCUCGUCCCAUCA